ACAGUACUACUGUCAUUGAUGAAACUCUACUAUAAAUAAUCAAUUUCGUUUGGACGUUAAUCUUUCCAUCGUAUAUUAUUCUUAGUUAAUAAUAAUGAAAAGCGGGAUAAUGUCGUUAAUCUUUGCGCUCUAUUUAACCGUUAUGGUUGUUACAGCGAAUAGCGAUUCCAACUACUACGGGACGACCAAGCCGGUUCAUCUGAAGGAGGAGAAAGUGACACGUCUCCACUUCUACCUUCAUGAUAUCCUCAGUGGCAGAAACCCCAGCGCCGUCAGAAUCGCACACGCCAAUCUCACCGGCGGCGCAGAUUCGGCAGUAGGAUUCGGAAGCCUGUUCGCGAUGGACGAUCCGCUCACCGUCGGACCCGGGAAAGAUUCGAAGGAGAUAGGAAACGGGCGUGGAAUGUACGUAUCCGGGAGCAAAGACAUAAGAAAGUUCACGAUCGUGAUGUACGCGGAUUUGGCGUUCACGACGGGGAAAUUCAACGGAAGCUCGAUAAGCGUGUUCUCGAGGAAUCCGGUGGCGGAAGAGGCCGGAGAGAGAGAGAUUGGGAUCGUGGGAGGACGUGGUAAAUUCAGAAUGGCUAGAGGCUUCGUCAAUAUCAAAACGCAUCAGAUCGACAUGAAGACAGGCGAUGCUGUUCUCCGUUACGAUGCUACUGUUUACCAUUAUUAACCACAUCAUUUUAUGUUCGAACCAUAAUUUGUAACAACUCUACAAUUAUA